AUGGCAGCGUGGACCCCAUCCACAGCCCCCAUCAGGCGUGGGCACGAGGACAUCCCACCCUUCACUCCCCGCUCCGACCCCAGCUCGGGGGUGACGAAGGACAUGGCCCUGAAGCCACACGAGCGGAAGGAAAAAUGGGAACGUCGCCUUGUCAAGAAGCCCCGAGAGUCAGAAACCUGCCCGUCUGCAGAGCCGAGUGAGAAUGGCCGGCCGCUGGAGGUGGGCAGCCCCGAGCAGGACCUCGAGCCCACCUGUGACCGGGCAAAGAAGGUCCCUCUGCAGCCCGCCAAGCAGAUGAAGGUUGCAGUGUCCAGAGGGGGUGACCGCAACAUUGAGGACGACGGCUUCCGCGAAGCCACCAGCUCCCGGCGGAGCACCUCCCGGGACCAGCUCAGUGAUAGUUCAGCGCAGGCGGUCUCAGGCAGAGGCUACUCCUGUGACAGCGAGAGCGACGGGGACGACAAGGCGUCUGUGGGCUCCGAGAAGCUCUUUGCCCCAGCAGCCGACAGAGGCCCAGCGCUGGGCGAGAGCCCUGAGGCCAAGGCCGGCGCAGCGGCGCCCAAGGUCUCGGGCCUGGACAGGAGCAGCAGCACCGGCGCCAGCCUCGGGCUCGCGAAGCACGUGUCCCUGUCGCCGCACGGGCCGGGCGCCCACCUGUCUACCUCACACCUGGCGCUCCGCUCGCAGGCCCAGCACCAGCACCACGCGGCGGCUAUGUUCGCCGCCCCCGCGACACUGCCCCCGCCCCCGGCGCUGCCGGCCAACAGCCUGGUCCUCCCAGGACACCCCGCCGAUGCCAGCCUGUUGAUCUCAUUCAGCCAGCCAAUCAUGUAUUGCCAGCCUCAUGCGGGGAUUCUGAUUGAUCACGAGCUGCUCAGGCAAGAGCUGAACGCGCGUUUUCUGGUGCAGAGCGCUGAGCGGCCCGGCGCCCCCCUGGGCCCGGGGGCUCUGCUGCGGGCGGAGUUCCACCAGCACCAACACACACACCAGCACACACACCAGCACCAACACACAUUCGCCCCCUUCCCCACGGGGCUGCCCCCGACGCCGGUCCUGCCGCCCGCCGCACCCCCGCCGUUUGACAAGUUCACGCCCAAGCUGGACAGCCCCUACCUGCGACAUUCCAACUUUUUCCCAUCCUUCCCUCCUGCCGUCCCCGGACUGCCCACUCUGCUGCCACACCCAGGCCCCUUUGGGUCCCUGCAGGGCGCUUUUCAACCCAAGACUUCAAACCCAAUCGAGGUAACAGGCCGGGCCAGCGCUGUCCACACCCUGCUCCAGAAGGGCCCCGGGGUGUCUGACCCGUACCGGACAGCAGUCAGGAAGCCCGGGAGAUGGUGUGCUGUGCACGUGCAGAUCGCCUGGCAGACCUACCACCAUCAGCAGAGAAUGAAGAUGCAGCUGGACCCCCACAAGCUGGAGGUGGGCACCAAGCUGGACUUGUUCAGCAGGCCCCCUGCCCCGGGCCUGCUCCCAGGACUCCACUACCCGCAGGACCUGGCCCAACCCUUCUUCUCCAGCUCGGGUGCUGCUCAUCCUGUCACCAACCAUUUUGGACCCUCAGCCCAUCCCAGCAGCUUCCUGCCCACUGGUCACCUGACAGACCCUUUCAGCAGACCAAGCACCUUUGGGGGCCUGGGGAGCUUGGGCAGCACCGCCUUCGGAGGCCUGGGCAGCCAUGCGCUGACCGCAGGCGGCAGCAUCUUUGCCCCCAAGGAGGGCACAGCACUGCACGGCCUGCCCAGCCCCCACGAGGCCUGGAACCGGCUGCACCGGGCACCACCAUCCUUCCCCACACCGCCCCCCUGGCCCAAACCUGUGGAUGCCGAGCGGGUCUCAGCCCUGACCAACCAUGACCGAGAGCCAGACAAGGGCCGGGAGGAUCGGGAGCGGGACCUCCUGGGGAAGCCCCGCCUGCUGAGCCGGGCCUCGCCGGCCGCCCCCGUCGGCAGCCUCCUGCUCCACGGCCCCGAAGCUGUCCCUGACAAGUAG